AUGAAAUGUCUAAGAGCGAACCUUGUCCAGGCAGAUGUGGCGGAACUGCCAAAGAAGCCCAAGUUGGCUGCGGAGAGGGCGCAAAAGGACAAGCCCUUCGAGCACCUGCAGAGGAUACCGCCUCUGCCGGUCCCGAAAAAACCCUUGGAGUUUCGCGUGCUGUCAAGUGAGGAGCAGGUUCGUGAAGCUGCCGAAAGGUUGAAGAACUGUGCGGCCAGUUACAUUCGCAAGGUCGUCGCGCAGGAGUGCGCUCUGGUCGGCUUGUUCGACAAAAAGAAAGGUGACGGCAACAAAAUGUCCGAAAUCAUUGCCAUGGGUGAGCUCUUUGCCGAGGGAUCUGUAUCUGAUGGGAGGAUCGUCACGAGCUGGGGGCAACGAGUACGGGCGUGCAACAAAUCGCUGACGAGGGCGCAAAAAAAGCGCUUCAACUGGGCCGGAGAGCAGUUCUCCAAGCUGUGGACGAAGGCCGUUCAAGAUGAGCUAGACGCAGUCUUGCCAAGGCAGGCAGCAGGCGAGAGAGUGAUCGCCAAGCCCGUGGACCAAAGGUUGUUGGCUUUUCGGCACCUCAGCGUUCUGGGCCUUCAGGGCGCUCUGAGGAAGCUUGCAAGGGUCAUCGAGAGCGAAGGCUACACCCCCGAGAGGAAAAGCCUCGCGCAAGGCUUCGUGGAGCAUGCGCUGGCCACUCGUGUGGGAGGUACCAUUCCUGACGUGAUCGUGGGGAGUUGUCUCGCUAUGGCCGGUAAGGCCCAGGAUUCCCGCCUUCUCCGAACCAUCAGCAGAAAAUCAAACAAGAUCAUCAGAAAGGAAGGAGAUCUGACGAUGAAGCAGUGGACGGACUUUUGGUUGUCGGACUUACCGAUGGACCCCGGGAUUCUGGCUGAGGAGAUGUGCAGGCUGCUGCGCACAUUGCCCGAGCAGGAGAAAGAAGCAACCGAGCUUGCCGGACGAGUUGUGGGGCGUCUCCUGACUGCCAGACUUGGCAAGGGGGGGUUGCGCAGUGUGGCACGCAGUGUGUUGGAUACAGUUCGUCAGCUCGACGGGAAUGCGAAGCUAACGGUGCUGCUUUCCGACCUGCCAUUCCAGAAAUCUGACUUGAUGGACACUUUGAUGUCUGCUGCGAAGGCUCGCGAUGCUUCUCUCGUAGACGGUAUCAUCUCGAGGCUCUUGAAAUCUGAAGUGGGGCCCAAAGAGACGAAGGAGGUGCUGGAGCAAGCUCUCCGACUUGACAAGGACGCGAAGCUUCUCGUGCUGCUUUCCGACCUGCCAUUCCAGAAAUCUGACUUGAUGGGCACUUUGAUGUCUGCUGCGAAGGCUCGCGCUGCUUCUCUCGUAGACGGUAUCAUCUCGAGGCUCUUGAAAGCUGGAGCGGGGCCCGAAGAGACGAAGGGGGUGCUGAAGCAAGCUCUCCGACUUGACAACGACGCGAAGCUUCUUGUGCUGCGGUCGUGCUUGCCCUUUUCUAGCUCAGACUUGGUGGGCGCAUUGACCGAACCUUUGAUGUCUGCGGCGAAGGCUCGCGAUGCUUCGCUCGCCGACAGGAUCAUUUCGAGGCUGUUGAAAGCUGGAGUGGGGCCCAAAGAGACGAAGGAGGUGCUGAAGCAAGCUCUCCGACUUGACAAGGACGCGAAGCUUCUCGUGCUGCUUUCCGACCUGCCAUUCCAGAAAUCUGACUUGAUGUGCACUUUGACUGAGCAGUUGAUGUCUGCGGCGAAGGCUCGCGAUGCUUCGCUCGCAGACAGGAUCAUCUCGAGGCUCUUGAAAUCUGGAGUGGGGCCCGAAGAGACGAAGGAGGUGCUGAAGCAAGCUCUCCGACUUGACAACGACGCGAAGCUUCUUGUGCUGCUUUCCGACCUGCCAUUCCAGAAAUCUGACUUGAUUUGCGCUUUGACUGAGCAGUUGAUGUCUGCGGCGAUGGCACUCGAUUCUUCGCUCGCAGACAGGAUCAUCUCGAGGCUCUUGAAAGCUGGAGCGGGGCCCAAAGAGACGAAGGAGGUGCUGCGGCAAGCUCUCCGACUUGACAAGGACGCGAAGCUUCUCGUGCUGCUUUCCGACCUGCCAUUCCAGAAAUCUGACUUGAUGGGUACUUUGACUGAGCAGUUGAUGUCUGCGGCGAAGGCUCGCGAUGCUUCGCUUGCAGACAGGAUCAUCUCGAGGCUCUUGAAAGCUGGAGUGGGGCCCAAAGCGACAAAGGAG